AUGCCACCAAAGAAAGGAAAAGAAGCACAAGAACUGGAAGUCUCGACUAGCCUUACUAGCACGAUCACCGACUUGCUAACCGAGAAGCUAGCGGAGCACAAGGCCGAGUUUUUGGCAGAAGUCAGGGACAUCUACACUAAGUACGAAUCGAAGCUGGAGAAUAUCGAGACGUCUGUCGAUGACCAUGAGCUACGCAUUACGGGUUUGGAGCAGUUUGCGGACUCUACGAGUACAGACCUCAUGGCUAUGCAGGCUACGCUCACCACUGUUGUUGCGGAGAAUGCUAAGUUGAGAGCUAAAGUGUCGGACCUCGAGGGUAGAAGCCGUAGAAACAAUAUUCGUAUAAUAGGUCUCCCUGAGAACAUUGAGGGCUCUACGCCAACGGCAUUUUUCUCACAACUGCUCUUCGAUACGCUGGGUCUGGACAUUCUGAAAUCUCCCCCGGAGCUGGACAGGGCCCACCGAACGCUCGCUGCUAAACCAGGCCCCUCUGGUAAGCCGCGGCCUGUGGUGAUCUGCUUUCACGAUUUCAAGACACGAGAGUUGGUUGUGCAGAGUGCUCGUAAACUGCGGGGUAAGCUGAAGUACAACGAUGCCCCUUUCCUAAUUUUUGAAGACUACAGCCCCGAGGUUUUAGAGCAGCGCACGCCGUACCGAGACAUUAUGAAGAAGCUAUACGGGAUGGGCCUCAAGCCUGCCCUGCGAUACCCUGCCAGGCUCUUCGUUGUGCUGGACGGUGGCUCGAAAAAGUUUCUUCCCUCCCUGAAGGAAGCUACCGACUUUGCAGACUCCUGGGCUCGCCAGCACUCUACUUCACCCACGGAGCAGGACUGA